GGGAAAUUGGAAAAAGCGCCGAGGCGGUGAUGGGAUUUCUCCCUUGAGGUGUGACAUGGACAGGUCUGCCCCUGUUGCCACCUCGCGAGGCCGGCGAGCACAUGCAGUGAACUGGUGGGCUGUAAAUGAAAUCGGACGGAAGCUUUUUUUCGAGCCAUCGAGGAGGAGCGGACGGGCGCAGGCGGUGGAGCGAACAGUGUUCUGGAGAGCCACCGUAGGCGGCAGCCUCGUGUUUGGCGCAGAAACCUGCGCUCGGGACUCCUCCAGUGCGCCGCCAUCCGCCUUGACAGAACGAUCCUCGUCCUGCAUCGUCGCUGCUGGCUGUCUGCCUCUGCGCCAAUCCGUCGAACGUGCGAGCGUAGUCAGCAUCCGCGUGCCUGCUCUCUCUGCACCUCUCUGCUGCCCGACCCCGGCCGCGCUCUGCCCGCGGUCGCGUCGACAUACUGGACCUCCUACGCUGGCCUCGCGCCGCCGCCGCCCCAUCCUGGGCUUCCUGCCGCGCGCCCGCCGCCGCGCCAACACCAGCCUCGCCCCGCCGAACGACGUCACGCCCCAAGCGCCACCGCAGCCCGCCAGGCCGAACACCGCGUCCGGGUCCACGUCCACGCCCGCUCCCGCUCCCGCUCCUCGCCCGCAGCCCCGCUCGAGCGGCCGCUCCGUCUCUGACCUCCCCCGCCCCCGCGCCAGUACCCUCAUGACGACCGCCCCCGCCGCCCACGAUGCCCACCCCCACGAGCCCGCCCUCCCCCAGACCAAGCAGAACCUGAAGGCCUGGUGGAAUCAUUUUCGCUUUGCCCAGCAGGCGAAGAAGGAGGCUGAGGAGAAGAAAGCAGGCGAGGGCGUCGUCUUCAGCAAGCCGCUAAAGGAGUCCCUCAAGUACGCAAGCGUCCAGAUCUCCACGGCGAAUGCGAACGGCGAGCUGUACGUGUGGGGCUACAUCCCUGUGGUUGUUGCAAAGUGCGGAUUGUAUUUGAAGGAGAAUGCGACGGAGGUGGAGGGUACCUUCCGGGUGAAUGGCUCGAAUAAGCGCAUGCGAGAGCUGCAGGCUGCGUUCGAGUCUCCGCCUAGGUACGGGAAGAAUCUCGACUGGAAAAAGGAGCAUUACACAACGCACGACGUCGCGAGCGUGUUUCGACGAUUCCUCACGCAAAUGCCAGAACCCGUGAUACCCCACGAUAUGUACCACUAUUUCCGGGACACCCUUGCGAAAAAGCCGAAUAAUCAGGACGAGAUCAUCCAGACGUACAAGCGACUGAUCCGCUCAAUGCCCCGGGCGAACCAGUACCUCCUCUUGUACGUCCUCGACCUGCUCUCCGUCUUCGCGCGCAAGGCCGACAAGAACCUCAUGAACGCAAAGAACCUGGCGGUGAUCUUCCGGCCAGCGCUGAUCGCACACCCGAGCCACGAGCUGAACCCGCAGGAGCACCAGCUCAGCCAAGAGGUGCUCGAGUUCUUGAUCGCGCACCAGGACUGGUUCAUGCUCGACAUCCCGCCACCGCCGAGCCGGACGGACAGCGCGCAGACGGUGCCGACGACGCCGGUGGACGUCGUGCCGAGUUCGGGGAGCGAUGAUGAGCAGCCAGGUGGGUGGAAGCUCGUGAAUAGUCCUAGACGGAUCACGAGACGGCGGACGACGACAGAGAGAUCGUCAGAGAGACGAGCAGAAGGGGGUGACUUAUCGCCCGUGCAAGAGACACCGCCGUCGAGACGGAACUCGCGCAACGAGGGCUCGGUGGCGAGCGUGACGCGGAGUCGGACGCUGCCGCCAGCGAAGACGCGGCACAACCGGGAGACGUCGGACGAGGAGCGGGGCGCGAAGCUGCACAAGAAGAAGCGGGCGUCGCUGCAGCCAGCGAAGAGGCCCGCCGCUGCGGCCGCGGGGUGACGCGCGAUCCGCGCUGCGUUGUGCUUUUUGUAUAUCUGUCUCUCUUUUUGCGCCGUCGGACGAUUUUCCCUCCGUAUGCUCGUGUCCCGAUACUCUCGAUCGACUGCAGCCUGCAAGCUACCUGACAUAGAGGUGGGAGUAUAUAUAUGUAUUCGCGCGUGACAGUGCCUCGCGCGCGCGGCCCCCGUGUUCUUAUACCAGUACCCAUUAUUCGCUCUUCCUCGCUCAUGCUACGCGUACUCGUACCGCCACACCGUCCUUGUUGCCAUACUACUCCUCCUGCGCCCGCCGGCUGUGUUCCCAUACGUAUAACACGCAGUUCAUCUGUGUGCGUCCACCGUACUGAACGUUCUCUGUGUCCCAUGCUCUCGAUUCUUUCUGGCUGCGAGUGUGGGUCUGAGCGAACAUUUACCGUACCUGCGCGCUGCAGACUCCGCACCGACGAUGUUCAGAUGUACUUAUAUUUAGCGAUCUACUGGUAAUGUCUGCUUUUAUUAGU